UUAUCCCCUUGCCUUGUUCAACUCCCUCUCCCUCUCCCUCUCCCUCUCCCUCUCUCUCUCUCUCUACUGUGCAUAUCAUAUCCGAAACUUUUGGCUUCAACGGCGGCGUUCUUGGGACAUUAGAGAACCCAUGAGAAAGCCUUGCUGCGACAAGCGGGACAACAACAAGGGCGCGUGGUCGAAGCAAGAGGACCAGAAGCUCAUCGACUACAUUCAGAAGCACGGAGAGGGCAGCUGGCGAACUCUCCCUCAAGCGGCCGGCCUGCUCCGAUGCGGGAAAAGUUGCCGGCUGAGAUGGAUAAACUAUCUGAGGCCAGACCUCAAGAGAGGCAACUUCGCCGAGGAUGAAGAAGAUCUCAUCAUCAAACUUCAUGCACUCCUCGGCAACCGGUGGUCGCUUAUAGCCGGAAGGUUGCCCGGACGUACUGAUAACGAAGUCAAGAACUAUUGGAACUCUCACUUAAGAAGGAAACUCCAAAAGAUGGGGAUAGACCCCAACAAUCACCGGUUGAACCAAAAUCUCCCACGCUCUCAAACCCUGAACACCUCCGGCAGCACUUCCUCCUCCAGCUUGAAGACCAACGCGACCCCGGCCGAUAAAUCCUCCAAGAGUGCUUGCGAACAUCACGAGGUAUUCAAUGCGGAGAACGAUUCAGGAGAUAUCCCAUGUGGCUUGCCCGAUUUGAACCUUGAUCUCACGAUUAGUGUCCCGUCUUCUUCGCUUACUAAAGUCGAGGAGGAGGAGGAGCGAAAUCCGUAUGCCUCUAAGGUAGCGAGGGACGUCAAAAGCGCCGAAUCCCCCACUUUGCUUCUCUUUGCAUGAGGACUCAUUUAUCGCCCACCAAUUUCUAUAAAAUCCUAAAAGGAUAGAAGUAGAAAGGAGUAUGCAUGAUACGUGACCACAGUUAGUGCGCACAGAGACGAUUAAUCGCGUGAAGUUCAAUGCCUUUUCCCAAGUGCUAGAAAAAAUCGAAAUUGUUGAAGAGUUAAAGGGACGAUCUAUGAAGAGGGAUCGAGGAAGCACGGGCUCGAUCAGUGAAGGUAACCCAUCGUUUUUGUGAUUCGAGAGAGGGAAAAAAAAAAACGGUACAUUCAUUGCUCAACUAUUUGCAAGCGGAGCCUCGUUGAUUGUCGCCAUGCGCAAAGGGCGGAGAUUGAACAUAAUCAUUCACAAAAUUGCUUCACCUCAAUCCAGUAAAGUUGAGGGCUGGAUUUCCGAGCUUGGGAAAUUCUAUUUCUUGUAAAUUGUAUUGUUUCACCAUGGAAAUAUAGUUGAGAAACUGUAAUCAUCAGCAUUUUUUGUCAUC